UGAAAGAUGCCCCUCGGGGUUGUGUGGCCCUGCUGCCGCUCAGCACCAGGUGGGACUUUCAGCCUGAGCAGUAGCAGAGCAGUAGCAGCCACUGAGCAGGGCAGUGAUGGCUUUGUGCUUCCAGAGGGACCUGCGGGCUCCGGCCCAUGGCCUCUGACCACAGCACUGCUGUUCUCGACUACAACUCUGUGACUUCUGCUGAUGACACGUCCCAUGUGGGUGGCACCGGUGUCCAGCCAGGGGCCUGGCCCGGCAUCGUCAGCAUCCAGGCCACCUGGGAGAACGGCACGUGGCACAUGUGCACGGGUGUCCUCCUCAGCUCCCAGUGGGUCCUCACGGUCGCACACUGCUUCGCCAGGGCCGGGGGCAUCUCCAUGUGGGACGUGGUGAUAGGGGCCUCAGAUCUGAGACAGCCAGGCCCCGAGGCUGUGGUGAGACGCAUCCAGAGGCUCCUGGUGCACCAGCACUACGUGGCUGCCACGGCCAGGAACGACAUCGCCCUGGUGGAGCUGAACCAGCCCGUGGAGUGCAGCGACUACAUCCAGCUGGGCUGUGUGCCCGACGCCUCGCUCAGGGUCUCAGAGCUGAAAUCCUGCUACAUCGCCGGCUGGAACUUUGCCAGAACUCAGGGAACAGGCAUGGUGCUGCAGGAGUCCAAGGUCCACCUCAUGGACACGGAGCUCUGCAACAGCAGCCCAUGGUAUGCAGGGGCCGUUCAUGCUGACAACCUGUGUGCUGGCUACCCACAGGGUGGUAUUGACACAUGCAAGGGGGACAGUGGGGGUCCCCUCGUCUGCAAGGACAAUGAAGCCGACUACUACUGGCUGGUGGGCUUGAACAGCUGGGGAAGAGGUUGUGACAGAGCCAGGCACCCCGGGAUCUACACCUCCACUCAGCACUUCUACAACUGGAUCCUGCUCCAGACGGGCCUGAGCCCCGCAGAAAGAGCUGGUCCAGCACCGGAGCCAGUUGUCACCUUGGCCCCUGAGGAGGAGCCUGAGGAACCAGAGGAACCAGAAGAACACAUCAACUUGACCCCUGAGUACAGCCAGAGACCAGCAGUGACAUCCUCAGGCACGUCACUGUCCAUGGCAUUCCCACACCAGAUCCUGGUGCAUUUCUGGAAUCUGGUGCAGGAGUUCCUGCAGUUUCGGAAGGACAAAAAAGCCUGAGCAGCAGGAUGAGCAGGAUCCAGGGCUACCUACAGUGGAUCAUGGCAGCUCCUGCUGGGCCAAAGGUAGUCUUGGGGCCAGAGGCUUCUCUGUCCUGCCCAUGCUGCUGUGCUGCAGCCACAGCGAUGCUGAUGUGACUGAGGCAUUGAAGUAAAGUUUCUGUGUUCACCAUUA